CAAUCGAGCAUUACCUACAAAAACCAUCAGUUUUUGUCCAAUUCUUCUAAUGGCGUAUGAAACGCGCAUAGAGUUCCAAAGUUCGCAGAGACUAUGAAAAUAUUCGCGGCGAAUCAGAUUAUAAUCUGAUUCGAAUUCCGUCGGCGCACGAUAUACCUAUCAGAGAACGAGCCGAGCACAAGGCACAUCUGGCAGUGCGCGCGCGCUCACAGUAGUUAGUUCGCAGGCGCCAGUUGUGCGUGCAGCUUAUACUCGCGUGCAUUUACACGACUCGCCUUGUUGCGACGUAAACAUAUACAUUCCCAUACAGGUAUGAGAUACCUGGCUGCCCUCGACGUCGGCACCACGACCAUUCGUUGCCAUGUUCUCGACGAAGCCGCCAAUAAUGUCUCUGUCUGCUCCGAAAAGAUGGAACUGCUGUAUCCGAAGCCUGGUUAUGUAGAAAUCGAUCCUGACUGGUUAUGGGAUACCGUAGUUCGAGUUACCAAGCAGGCCAUUGAAGAAAGCGGCGUUGACCCAUCAAAAAUUGAAACGUUGGGCAUAUCAACACAGAGAUGUAGCGUGAUCACUUGGAACCGCGAAUCAGGAAAGCAUUACCACAACUUUGUAACAUGGAAAGACCUACGAGCAGAUUCGCUCGUGAAAAGUUGGAAUUCGUCCUUGACUAUGCAAGGCUUGCGACUAGGCUCGCGGCUGCUGUAUUCAAUAUCGCGAAGCAAAAGAUUUCAAGCUGGUAGUGUCCUUCGACUUAUGAACAAUCAGAUAACUCUACGUUUAUUAUGGGCUUUGGAAAACGUUGAAGGUCUGAGAGCGGCGGCUACGAAUGGCACUGCAAUCUUCGGCGGUGUUGAUUGUUGGCUCUUAUACAAGUUGACAGGUCAACAUAUUACUGACGUAGCAAGUGCCUCGGCCUCGGGACUGUUUGAUCCUUACACAAUGUCAUGGGCUGGAUGGGCGCAACAUAUAUUCAACCUGCCAGGAAAAAUGUUUCCAAAAGUCGUGGACACGGUUGGUAAUUUUGGACAUACGUCGACUACGGUUUUCGGUGCUAAGAUACCUAUUUCAUGCUCGAUGGCCGAUCAGGCGGCAUCGCUUUUCGGCUCCGGAUGCAUUAAGCCUGGAGAUUUGAAACUUACCAUGGGUACCGGUAGUUUCAUUAAUGUCAAUAGUGGUAGUAACGUUCAUGCGCUGAGUGCAGGUUUGUAUCCAUUAGUUGGUUGGCGCAUGGGCUCUAAGAUUUCAUACGUACUUGAAGGCUUAUCUAAUGAUAAUGGAGCCGUUAUAGAAUGGGCUAAAUCAUCUGAACUCAUAGAAGAUCCGUUGGAUACAUGCGUGCUAGCGAAUUCUGUGAAAGACACCGACGGAGUUUACUUUAUACCCGCUUUCAGUGGUUUACAGGGACCUAUAAGCGACGAGAAUGCAGCUGCGGGAUUUAUUGGCGUUAAACCCACUACUCAGAAAGCUCACCUUAUACGUUCGAUGUUAGAAAGUUUAGUUUUCAGAGUAUUAUUGAUAUACGAGUGCGUUCAACGAGAAACGAAAUACUCGUUCAAAGAAAUAAAGGUCGAUGGAGGAGUUUCCAAGAACGAUUUUACAAUGCAACUUUUAGCUGACUUAACAGGUUUAGAAGUAGAGCGAAGUACAAGUAGCGAAAUGUCGAUAUUGGGGGUAGCAUUUCUUGCCGGACUGCAACAAGGUAUUUGGAAAAACAAAGAGGAUAUAUUCAAAUUGCGCCAAGUAGACAAAAUUUUUUAUCCUAACAAAGAAAGGCAAGCCGCAUACGAGCCAGUGAUCAAAGAGUGGAGAAGAGCCAUUGAAAGAUUCACAAACUGGUACUGACAGUACGCCAAUACAUCGCGAAAUUGUAGAAGUGACAGAGAGAAAUACCGUAAAAAUCUGCAUUACUUAAAAAUACUCACAAAUUUACUGGCGUUCAUUUUCAUACUAGUGUUCGCCCGAGCCCUAAGUUUGAAGAACUACAGCUCCAAGCAUAAAUGAAUCAUCGAGAGUAUUUUUAGAUUUAUAACACCAUAUUUAUAACACAAUAUUGCCAUGAGACUGACUCACGUAAAACUAGACGUAAAAGAUGACAGGGAAAUGAAUUUUUGUACGAUAAUUUAAAAGAUUAUUCGUGCAGCAAAGGAGUAUUGUUUUAGUAUAUAAUCGCCGACUUGUCAUUGUUGUUAUGGAUACUAGAAUUUUUAUAUACUGUUAUAAAUAUAUAAAUACUUGGACUAAAGUGCCUGUCAUAUAGCAUUUGAUGAAUUAAAAUUUGUACAUAAUGAAAUCGAUAUUUUUAUACAGCUGUUAAAAUAAAAGUCAUGUUAAUAUAAAUCUUUGUA